AUGGAUCCUGUUCAAAAUGUUGGAGUUAGUGCGAUUGAAAUAUACUUCCCGAAGAAUGUCGUUAAUCAAACUGAUUUGGAAAAGUUUGACAAUUGUGCUAAAGGGAAAUACACAAUUGGACUUGGACAAGAGCAGAUGGGGUUUUGUUCUGACAAUGAAGACGUCGUCUCUAUAUCACUCACAGUGACUGAUGGCCUAUUGCGGAAAUACAAUAUUGAUCCUUGUUCUGUUGGAUUUCUCGCCGUUGGCACGGAAACUCUUAUCGACAAAAGCAAAAGCGUGAAAACAGAGUUGAUGAGGUUAUUCAAAGACAACACCGAUAUAGAGGGUGUGGAUGUCAAAAAUGCGUGCUUCGGCGGCACUCAGGCAGUGUUCCAUGCAAUUGAUUGGGUAUACGCCAACUAUUCCACAGAAAAACGAAACGCCAUUGCCGUUCUUGCUGAUAUAGCUGUAUAUGAAUCAGGUCCUGCAAGACCUACAGGAGGAGCUGGAGCUAUUGCAGUGCUCAUUACGCCGGAUGCUCCAAUUGCAUUCGAUCGAGGACUUCGAGCAACGUACAUGGCCAGUUCAUGGGAUUUUUACAAGCCAAUCGGUAAAAUUUCUUCCGAGUAUCCUGUUGUUGAUGGUCCUGUCAGUUUGCAGUCAUAUAUGAAUGCAUUGGAUAGCUGCUAUGCCUGCUACAAACAAAAAGCAUUGAAGAUUUACGGAGAAGAUAUUUCCCUCUCGUCAUUCUCAGCGGCGAUGUUUCAUUCACCGUUUGCGCGCAUGGUGCAAAAGGCAAUAGCUCGGCUGACGUACAGUGUGCUAUCACAGUCAUCGUUCGAAGAUCGAGAAGUGAUGCGUUGUCUACUGAAAGGGUCUGAGAGUUUGUGGGAACAGAAAACGAGCCCCUUUCUUGUAUUGAAUCGAAGAAUAGGUAAUAUGUACACCCCGUCACUAUUCGCUCAAUUGGUGGUGUAUUUAGCUGCAAGGCCAGUCGAUAACUUGAGUCGAAUACUGCUGUUUGCGUAUGGUAGUGGGUCAGCAUCAGCAAUGUUUUCAGUAAGCAUCAAUGACCACCAAGAGGAAUGCUUAAGCCGAAUGCGUGAAGUCUGUAGUUGUGCGGUACGUUGUGAUUUGAUAUUUUGUUAUCUGAUCUAUGCUCUCCACUAA